AUGGAUGGCACAGCUUCCAUCGUGGAUGGCCCAGCUUCCAUCGUGGAUGGCCCAGCUUCCAUCGUGGAUGGCCCAGCUUCCAUCGUGGCAGAGCCUACACAGCGCAGGGCUAGCCAGAAUGCAUCAAAGAAGGGAAGACCUCGUAAUUCUCCUCCGCCAGCUAUAGUGCAAAGGAACCUGCGUCGGCGACGUCGAAAAUGA